UUAGCACAGAGAGUGAAAGAAGGAAGUCCCUCAAAGUGAGUUCAAAUGGCAUGUCCCCAGUACAGAGAAUUCCAUGGUGCAGAGGAAAGGAGGGAAGAAGAAGGAGGAGGAGAAAGUUUGAGUUUCUCCUAUGCAAUGCAACUGGCUAUGUCCUCUGUAUUGUCAAUGUCCUUGCAAUGUGCCAUCGAGCUUGGCAUAUUCGAUAUCAUAGCCAAAGCAGGUCAUGAGGCAAAGCUCUCUCCUUCAGUGAUUGCAGCCCACAUGCCCACCACCAACCCUGAUGCACCCGCCAUGCUCGACCGCCUUCUCAGCCUUCUUGCCUCCCACUCUGUUCUCACCUGCUCUUUGGUUGCUCAUCAUGACCCUCUUAAUGCGAAUGGAUCUAAUUUCCAUAGGCUUUACGGUCUUGCUCCUGUCUCCAAAUUCUUUGUCGCUGACAAAGACGGUGUUUCUUUGGGCCCUUAUAUGGCACUCUUACAGGACAAUGUCACCUUAACUAGCUGGUCUCUGUCUGUUUUCUACUACUUCUUACUGUUAUAUAUAUAUAUAUGCAUUGCAAAAAAAUUAUGGUAUAUUAAGAAUUUAAGAUAACAUAAAAUAG